AGUGCGUUUGUAUGUGUGUGUGAGUAUGUGUGUGCGUGCGCGCCGCCCGUAGGUAUAUCGUACCAUAUGAUCGCAGGGAAUGAAAAAAUCGUCUCGUCAUUCGUCGUUCGCUUAGUGUCGAGUGCUGUUGACCGGAUCACCGUCGUGAUACGCAGAUAAUACGACUCGCCGGACCGCUGCGCGCGCGUGCAAAUUUUCGUCGACCAACGUGUUUCGUUCGCAGUUUUUAUUGCGUUUGAUAUUUUGAUAACCGUUGUUGCCCGUAUGCGAUACAUUUCUUUUUACACCCGUCUCGCCGUUUUUUUUUUUUCGUCGUAGAGUUCGUCGGACAGCCUACUGUCCCCUCGUCCGUAUUCCGAUCACCGUCGUCGUCAUCUAACUUCAUACGUUUUUUAUACUAACCGUCCUCCGGUGUAUAAAUCGUAUUGCGUAUUAUACAGUGUACGGUGUAUUGGAUGCGCCAACGAUGAAUUCGUUUCUCACGCACAACACACUGCCGUACCAUCAACCGACGCAGAUGCACCAGAUGAUGAUGGCGGAGCCCAAAUACUCGCCUCCGGACGACUACGGCAAUAUGCAGAACUACAUGGGUUCCCCUGACUUCUUCGGCAGCCCUCACCAUCAACAUCACCACCAUCAACAUCAGCACCAUCACCCCUCUCAUCACGCCAAUCACCUGAGCCAACACACUCAACACAUUGGCGGUGGCGGCGGUGGCGGCGGCGGCGGCGGUGGUGGAGGCGGUGGAACUGGUGGCGGUGGUGGCCACCAGCAAGUGCAGGCCAGCGGUGGCGUCGGUGUCGGUAGCUCGAACGUGCUCGGGGCAAGCGGCGGCGGCGGCGGCGGCGGCGGCGGUGGCCACUACCAGGGACACUAUCAGCAACAGAUCCAGGCCAUGUACCCCAGCCCGGGCCAGACUCCGUCGUACUACACCAGCGCGGCUUCCAAUUACGGCGCGUACCAGAUGCACCACGGUGGCCAAAUGCCGCUCGAGGCGCAACAACCGCCGGCCGCUCUGAUGCACAACGCCGCGGCGCAGCAGUGCCAGGGCGGCAGCAUAAUACCGUCCGGGGCCGGCGGCGGCCUGCAGGCGGUGGCCAUCAACGCGGUAAUGUCGCACGACAUCAAGGACGACUCGUCGCCGUCACCGCUGCCUUGCCACCUGCAGCCAAGCCCGUCGUCGUCCAACCACAUGUCCAACAACCCGCUGGACGGGUCGUGCUCCGACGACAUGGACGACUGCAACACGGACACGGACGAGAUGAUGAUGACCACGGUCAACGGGUCGCCGAUCAUGAUGGACGACAGCGAGUCAUCGGACCGGGUCAUCUAUCCGUGGAUGAAGAAGAACCACGUGGCCGGAAUGCCGAACGGCGCGUACCAGCCGGUGGACGUGAAGAGACAAAGGACCGCGUACACCAGGUAUCAGGUGCUGGAGCUGGAGAAAGAGUUUCAUUUCAACAAAUACCUGACCCGUAGGCGGAGGAUCGAGAUCGCUCAUUCGUUGGUGUUGUCCGAGCGGCAGAUCAAGAUAUGGUUCCAGAACCGGCGAAUGAAGUACAAAAAGGACAACCAUCUGCCCAACACGAAAAACGUACGCCGGAAAAACGGAAGCACGCAACCGGCGGGCAAAAAGUCCCGGGCCAAAAACAACAACAACAAUAACAACAAUAGCAACAACAACAACAACCAUCAGCAGCCGCUCUGCUCGCCGCCCGGGUUGAAAAUCGAUUCACACGACAUGUCGCCGCAACAACAACCCGAGUUGAGGUUACAACAGCAGAGUGAUACCGGGUCGACGUCGCUGAUGGCCGCCAUUAUACCGUCGUCGUCGACGUCUUCGUCUUCGUCGUCAUCUGCCGCCGCUUCGGUCGCCGGACACAACAAUCCGGCCGCCGCUAUGCAGCAACAGCUUCAUCAACAACAACAACAACAACAACAACAACAACAACAACAACUCCAGCAGCAGCAACAGCAACAGUUACAACACUGUCUGAACCACCGGCCAACGCACCUGUCUCAGCACUUACAGCAACAACAACAGGGUUUGGCCAUCGGAGUCGGCGCCGGUGAGUACGGCCUCACUCAGCUAUAACGGCACGUUUGCAGAUCGUGAGCCCGUUUUCCAAGGUAUAAGUUACUUGACAUAAAAUGAAAAUGUACGAAAAAAAACCCGUAAAAUCCAAAAAAAAAAAAAUACGAAGUGGUCACCGUGU